UAAUACCUAAAUAUUUUCCGACAAAGAUAGGAAGCUGCUGCCUGGUUUGGUGUGGUGGGAUUGCCAUUCAGUUGGCGCCGAAUCAUAGAAGAUGGUAAAUCUAAACCAUUAACGAAGUACAUGGGAAAUUGGAAGUUGCGGAUUUCAACAACUUUAUCCACUUCCUGCUGAUGUCACGCCUCUCCUCCACCACCACACCACCCCCUCCCCCCCUUCUCCUCUCUCUCUCUCCCUCUCCCCCCACUCUCUUCUUCUCCAGCUGAGGCAAAAUUCAAGCCAGACUCUGAAUGGGAUAGUUUGCUGGUCUCUCUCCAGGCAUUGCAUUUGUACCCUCACAAGACGAGAAAUUACAGACCAACAAAGGAUGGAUUUUUAUUUCUGCAGUUCCAUCUACAGAACUCGUCGGUUUGUGGCUCCUAUAUCCUUUCUGCGUUCUCUCGAAACAGAUCAAGCUAUUUGAAUUUGGACUCUCCUUCAAACGAAACUUCUCGUCUUUAGAUUCAUGGAUGUUAAAGAAGUAAAACCUCCUUCAGGGUAUGGCAAACCUCCCUGGGUUUUCAGAGGAAGUGCCUUGUAUCAGCUUCAUCUUGUGAAAGCAGAAACUGCUCGAGCUUUCAUCCCGAAAGAGUUCAAAUUAGUUGAAGCUUUCGGGUAUACUCUUGGUGGCUUCUUUCUUGCCAAUUAUGAUGACAGCCCAGCAGGAAUGUUCGAUGAGCUUGUGGUGAUUGCAGGAACAGUAUGGAAUCCACCUACAUCUUGUGCGUGGGCUGCCCGAGUGCUUGUAAACAGUGAUGAGGCAUGCAUUCAUGGACGAAAGCAUGUGGGACUUCCAAGCCAAGUUGCCAGGUUUUCCAAGCAGAGAAUUAUACCAAUACCAAGGCCAUCAAAAGUUAAAAGCAAUCGGCUAUUGAGUAUGGUUGGUGUGGGUACUGCUCCCAAUAAACCACAAAAUUACUUGGAUAUUCAAGUGACUGAAAUCAAGGGCCCUGCUGUAGCAGAUAUCUGUACCAUCAACCUUGGUACUUUUGCCUUGGCAAAGGCAAUGCCAGGGAUAAAUUCCGACAGGUUGAUGGGGCCGGUUGUCAAGAUGUCGCUUCCAAGCUUUAGCGGCCGUACCGAGUAUAAUCCACAUCUUCUCAAGUACUCUUGCAAAAUAGAAUGCAGGAUAAGAGCAGUGAGACCGGCAAAGGUAUGGGGCCCAUCUGAGAAAGACCACUCUUCUAAAUGCAAAAGUUCAAGACUUGUAGAUGUCAUAACCAGAGACGUUGGAGAAGAUGAAAGAAGCCUCAGCAUCGCUGUGAUGCUAUCAAAGCCAAUUUUAGCACUCCAGUUCAAUUGUCUCAAAAUGCAGGUGGAGGCUCCCAAAGUAGUUUCUCCGCCCCCCAACCCCAACAAUGCGUCCCAAGGUUCUUGACGCCGUGCAAUUACUUACUUUAUGGUAGGUGGAAUUAUGUUGUCCUUGGGAUUUUUUAGUUUAAUUUUUGUAGCAAAUUCCAGAGUUGUAGAUUAUACCUUUAAUUCCCUUUUUGAAAAAGUCAUUAGGAAUCUUUGGUGACAUAAUGAACCGUGCCCUUGAAAAGGGAUGACUUAGUCCAUUACGUUAUCAGCAAAUUGUAGUCUAGUGUUGUGAUACGAAAUUCAGGAAAGGAAACAGGCUUUGGGGCUACUAUAUAAAGAAACUGCUUUUGUUGAU